UCUCAUGGAAUGGACACGCAGUGCUUGUAUGCAAGAAACUCUCUCAUGUAAUAUACCUCCUACGAAGAUUACAGACCAGCUUCAGUUAUGCCUCAUCCACAAAGGGAAAACCUAGACACCUACAGCAAGAGGCAUGACAUCCAUAUACAGCAGUGUGUGAUAGUUUCUCUCAAGAAAACAGUAAUUCUAAAGUAAUCGUGUGUAAUCUGUAAUUCAAAUGUGCAAAAUGGUUUCAGACUUUGCUUAGAAUCAAAUUAUGGAUACAUUAAUGCAAAAACUGUGUUUUCAUGUGAAUGUGAUCAGGGAAGUUGUAAUGGUUUUAACGCUAUGUUAAUUGCUUACGCUACUGGACGUGAAAUUAAUGUGUUACAAAUGUGUUGUAUGAAUUUCAAAGUGCUAAAAAAACAAUAAAAGUCCUAAAAGCAAAGCUUCGUGGAUGUGAAUUGCAUGGAGUAUCAUCACUUAACACAAACUCCGAAAUCUACAGCACGUCUAUUCUUCCUAAAACGAGUGUAAAUUUUUAAAAAAUACGAACUAAAAGCAACUAAAAAGAUCUCUGUACAAAACAGAUACAAUGCUCUGGAAAUAUGUGACGAAAUAAAUUCUUGUGGCAGAAGUAAGUGUCGUGAGAACUGAAAGUAAACAAGCCUUCGAAAAGUUCGUUACACCUAACACACAAGCAACUGUUAACAAAAACCUCGAGCGAAAACUUAACAACUCAGCCCAUAAUGUGCUCAAAACGUUAAAAUCUGUUAAUAAUAUAAUACAUAGAGACUGUGAAAAGAAAGAAGAUCGUAUAAUAGACUGCAAAACUUCGGAAGACUUGAGCAUAACAAAUAAUGCUUUUACUGUAUAUAUACUUGCCGACAGUCUCUGAAAAAGACUGGCAUAAACCCUAUAUACCUUAGGGUGCAGUGUUACUAGCGUAAUAAAACCUGAUGCUCCACUGAAAGAGAUCGUCAAUAACUGCGAAAAUCUGAGUUUCAAGAUAAAGAAAAAUGAUUGUGUUCUAAUUCUAGGGGUCGGAGUAGAUGUCCGCUGCAAUGAUGUAUUAUCAGCAAGACGAGCGCUAAGAGAGAUGCUCGAAAAGCUCAAAAAUGUACAUGUGAUGGUAACCAGCAUUCCAUACGAUUUUUUUAACAAAUCUCGUGUUAACGAAGAAAUAAAACAAACUAACAGACUGCUUCACAAAAUAACAAAGUGCUGCCCAAAUUCAACAUUUGUCCAGCUAGAUUUCAGAAAACAACAUUUCAUAAACAGUGGAGAUCUCCUAAAUAGAACAGGACAACUGUAUGUCUCUUCUCAAAUUAUGAAAACAAAUAAAUAAUCUCAAUGAUCAACACAAACUGCCUGGUAUCCUCACCAUAGCAGUAACUGAGCAAAUGGCAAUUUGCAAGGAAACGUCUAAGAUGAGAGAGAUACCUAACGUACUGGUACCAGUAUCUGAAGGAGUGGUAGAAUAUGGGGUACCAACAGAAAUGUCAGGAACAUCCAGCAGAGUUGAAGAGAAAACAAUUUCUUCAGAUGAGAAAGCCUACAAACCUAGCGUAAACUCGUGUGCACCUGAAACCUCCAAGGACGAAGCUGUAAGCACAUUUGACACACUUAAUGCCUCAUGCUCACUUGUAACUAGGAUUGCAACCACACCAACAGCCAAGAACCAUUCUACUAGAUCUAGAAACUUAUCAGCUGCUCUGCAGACAUCUCAAAGGAAGAGCCUCAGGAUAAGAAGAGCUGCUGUGCAUAGUGACUAUUUUUUGUGGGAUCUUCACAAUUCGAAGAAGAAGAAAAGGCAGAAUAUUUACAGUGUCAAAAACAAGAAAAUACAAAGCAAAGAAGACAUAAAUCUACCAACCUGACGACUGUCCAAAACAAGAACCAGUUUUCCAGUGAUUGCUGUAAGGAUGUUCAACAAACUACCUGUUGAACUGCAAACCCUGCCGCUGGACAACUUCAAGAAACAAAUUGCUGAAGGCCUAAAACAAUGCCCACUAUACUCAAUCCAAGAAUUCUUUGACUGUAAAGAAAGUGAAUGGACACAUUGAACAUGACAUAGUCUACAUACAUUAACAGUAUAAAGGUUAGAUGUUAUUCAGUAUUUCAUUAUAUUUUAAAUCACUGGAUUGUAACUUUGUUGCAGUCUGUCCAGCCAUGGCUGGUGAAUGACAAAGACCUGGUAAUAAAUGGUAUAAAUACUCAUUUAACCUCGUUUGCAGAUGAUAUUUCUGUCGUAAUGGAAAAUGGAAAUUCUGACAAUACACCAUGAAUAUGUUAAGAAACAUGGUUCAGUCAAGAUGGCUUAAGGCUAAUCACUGCAAAAAUACACAUGAUGGGUUUUAAAAGGAAACAAUCAAAAACUCAAGAAAUCUGUAUUACACUCAAUGAUAAAAAAAAAUUGAAAAACUUGA